AUGAUGGAGAAAGGAUAUGCGAGUGAGAGGCUGGGUCCUCCUGAAAACGAUUUCAGUUGUAUCAAGUGCGGGCACUACCUCGGGCUGAAUGCCAGCCGGCUGUUCCAUUCCAAGGAAUACUUUCCAGCGGGAAACAAGGGAACGCUGUCGUUCCAGGUGGCCGACGAGCGGUGCUUCGUACAGAAGCAGGAGAGCAAGUGCGGGCCGUUCUUUGAGACGGCCGAUUCCUGGGGAAUCCAGCGGACGCGGACGGCGCUCUUCUGCGCCCAGUGUAAUUCGAAGAUUGGGUACAUCUACCAUGAUGGUCCGUCGGUGGAGAACACCAUCGGGCAGUUUGGGAUGGGGCCUAGCCAGGUCCUGCCGCGGAUGCAGCGGUACAGGAUCAAGAAGAAAGCCGUGAUUCCAACCCAGGAUGUGCCAGCGCAUCCCGAAUAUCAGCAGGGCUUUCAGAAGGAAGUUGAUAUGCCAAAGAGCAUUGCCAAGUAG